AUGAAGUUCUCCAACGUCCUCAUGUUCGCCUCCUUCGCCUUCGCUGCACCAGCAGUUGAGGUUGAGGUCAGGCAGCAGACUGUAACUGGUGUUGUGGCCCAGUCUGUACAGACUGUUCAGAGCACUGUCAACACCAACGUUGCUGCAAUUCGCACUGCCCUUGAUGGCGUCACUGGCAAUGUUAGUGCCCAAGUGCAGGCACAAGUUCGCGCCAAUCUCAACGCCAUCCUCGCCGCCCUCAAGACCGCCGGCACCACCAUCACCGGUGCUACUACCGGAGCCGCUGGUGGAAUCAUUGGCGCCGCUACUGGUCUGACCCAGCAGCAGAUCAACGAUCUUGCCCAGGCUGUCCAGAAUACCCUCGACGCCGUCGCCGCGGUCAAUGUCAUCAUCACCGCUGAAGCCACCGACCUCACCACCCCGCUCCGUACCUUCGCCCAGAGUGAGAUCAACGCUAUCCGUGCCGCUCUGAAUCCCUUCCUCGCUCCUGUUAUCGUCUUUGCUCGUGCUGUCACUUUUUUCUCCGCUAGAGUUGGCAUUGUCGUCACCGGCUUGGCUAAUGUCACCACCUCCCUCACCAACUACAUCACCAACCUUCUUAACUCGCUCGGCCUCGGCCUCUCUGGCCUCAACAUCAACAUCCCUGGUGCUCCUGUGACUAACAAGCGCGCCGCUCUCUAA